CACUGACACGGCUGGCUGGUUUUAAUAGGGAGGUAGCGGAGAGAGGGCGAGGUACAGCACAACACAUGCGACACCUGCAAGCACUUGACUGGACUACUAAAGAGACUGUGGACUACUAACGGAUUAAGAUAAUAUUCCCAAAUGAUGACGAUGCGUAACGAAAUGUGAAAGUUGUUUAUUUUAAGUUAUUUACAAAGGCUAUCCGGUUCAUGGACAUUGUACUUAAACUGCGACGUCUGGAAACUUUAGCAACUCGGAGAAAAACAAAAAGCGAUACAAGCUUACAGACAAAUGGACACUGACGCGUUUACUUGCGUUUUGCUACUGUUUUGUUAAUAUCGGACAGCUGUGUGCCACGGAAUGUAACAUCUGCCCACCUUAAGUUACCUGGACUCAAAUCUCAGUGGGUUGACUGCUGUCAUUAUGAUAACCGUGAUGCAAACCCUGCUUCUCCUCAUGAGUUUGUGUGUAUGGGGUUGUCAUGGCAACACCCGCACUACACCCCGGGUGCACCUGUCAUAUAAAGAGUUACUAGAGACGAAAACCAUACGGCCGUUCAGUUUUUCCUUCAACACCAGUGACUACCGAAUCCUUCACAUGGACCAAGACCAAGGCCGACUCUACCUGGGCAGCCGUGAAUAUGUGGUCUCACUGGACAUGCAAAAUGUUAACAAAGAACCCCUUAUUAUUCACUGGCCAGCGACAACACAGAGAAAGGGGGAGUGCAAAUUAACUGGCAAAGGUGGACAGGGUGAGUGCGCUAACUUUGUGCGCUUGAUCGAGCCGUGGAACAGGACUCACCUGUAUACGUGUGGCACAGGAGCUUAUAAACCCAUCUGUACUUUCGUCAAUCGAGGCUGGAGAGCUGAGGAGUAUCUCUUCCGACUUGUUCCUGGAUAUGUUGACUCUGGAAAGGGAAAGUCUCCGUAUGAUCCCCGCCAGGAAAACGCAGCAGCUCUGAUCAAUGGGAAUCUGUAUGCUGGGGUACACGUGGAUUUCAUGGGUACAGAUCCAGCCAUCUUCAGAACUUUAGGGGACCGACCCGCUGUCAGAACAGAGCAGUAUGACUCCCGGUGGCUUAACGAGCCUGUGUUUAUAAAAAUCCAGAAGAUUCCAGACAGCGCGGAGAAGAACGACGACAAGCUUUACUUUUUCUUCCGGGAAAAGAGCUUGGACGCAUCGGGAGGCAGCGCACCGAGCGUUCUCGCUAGAGUGGGCAGAGUCUGUCUGAAUGAUGAUGGAGGCCAAAGGUCAUUGGUGAAUAAGUGGACAACGUUCCUCAAAGCACGACUCGUCUGUUCUGUCAUUGGUGCCGACGGGGUUGAGACUUACUUUGAUGAACUGAGAGAUGUUUUUAUACAGAGGACACACGAUGAGCGUAACCCCAUCGUGUAUGCUGUGUUCUCCACAGCUGGCUCUGUUUUUAAAGGUUCGGCUGUGUGUGUGUACUCUAUGGCUGACAUCAGAAAUGUCUUCAAUGGGCCUUUCUCUCACAAACAUGGUCACAACUACCAGUGGACUCCUUACACUGGUAAAAUCCCCUACCCUCGACCAGGGACUUGUCCCGGAGGAACCUUCACGCCUGAUCUCCACACCACUAAAGCUUUCUCAGAUGAAGCUGUAAAUUUUGUCCGUGCCCACCCUCUGAUGUAUCAACCCAUAUACCCGAUACACAAACGCCCUCUGGUGGUCAGGACUGGUGUUGACUACCGCUUUACCACAAUUGCUGUGGACCUGGUGGAUGCUGUGGAUGGAAGAUAUGAGGUGCUUUUCCUGGGCACAGAUCGGGGAACAGUACAGAAAGUGAUAGUCUUACCAAAAGACAUUAGCACAACAGAGGAGCUUGUUUUAGAAGAGGUCGAAGUUUUUAAGACACCAGCAGCUGUCAAAACUCUGAAGAUUUCUACUAAAAGGCAACAGUUGUACGUGUCAUCAGAAAGGGGUCUUACCCAGGUGUCCCUGCACAGGUGUGCUGUUUAUGGUAAGGCCUGUUCGGACUGCUGUCUGGCCAGAGAUCCAUACUGUGCCUGGGAUGGAGAAACCUGCUCUGCUUUCACCCCAGCUACAAAGAGGAGAAGCAGGAGGCAAGAUAUCAAACAUGGAGAUCCAUUACGACAGUGCCGGGGCUUUAACGCUAAAGUAGAGAAGCGUCUGAGGGAGACGGUGCAGUUUGGAGUCGAAGGCAGCAGCACGUUUCUGGAGUGCCAGCCGAGGUCUCCUCAGGCCACAGUCAAAUGGCUUUACCAGAAAGACGGCAAGCGGAAAGCACUUAAUCGAGAUAAAGAAAUCUUGAAGACAGGUCACGGCAUCCUGAUGAAAUCUCUCACCCAAUCGGAUGCCGGUCUCUACCAGUGUCUGGCAACCGAGAACAACUUCAAACACACCGUGGCUCGCAUCUCUCUUCGGAUCCUGGACCGAGAGAUCGUCGAUGCGCUAACUGAGACGGACAUCCCCGUAGAACCAGAUCACCGUCGCCAUCAUUCCCAUCAUCACCCUCCACCCCCGCCCCCGCCUCUCCAGACCCUCCCACCCCCUCUCCAGUCCCACCCACAACCAGAGGUGCGUCUCAUCAACCAGUACUGCCAGUCCUACAGGCAACAGAUACAAAGCCAGGCUCACAAACCCAAGAGGAACAACCGCCGGCACACCGGUGAACAGGAAGAGGAGGAACCACAGGAUCAGUGAGUGGAAAAGCAUCUGGACACCACCAGUUCAUCCUUUGACUUUGUCCCAUUCACUGUGUGAACAAUGUGUCUCUCAUCACAUCAUUUAUUUGUUUGACUUGUUCAAUUAGAACGUUUUGACGUACAGUACCUCUCCCAACCAGUUCCUGUCUGGAUGUGACAUGCAUAGCCCCUCAUUUGUACUAUGUUGAGGUUUGAACAACACAGUGGUUAAAACAACUGCCAAUAAAUUCCUAAAAUAUCCAGCUAAACCAGCAAAACUACUGCCAUAUUAUGUAAAAUAUAAGCUAUUCCCACUUAAGGUUGCAUAGAUGACUUUAGUGUAAAUAUUAUUAGACAUCAAAUAAUAAUAAUAAUAUAGAAAAGUAUUUAAGAUAACACAGUAUGGCUUAUCUAAACCCCCCAGACCAGAAAAUACAGUAGUGGAAAGGCAGAAGAGGAUCUUUUGGAGACAGCGUUUGACCUGAGGAUUAUAGGAAUAACUUAUAUUAUAUAGACUGUUAAUACGUUUAAUGACCAUUGAAGUUGGUCAACUCUUCUUGAAAUUUACAAUUUUGAUAUUGUUUGUAGAAUAUCAAGUCUUGAUCCACGACAGAAAUGACAAACCUACAACUAAAAUGAGCAACUUUCAUUCUGCACGCCAAACAAUGUUGGUGCAUUGGUUUCAAAAUUUAAAGGUGCAGUGUGUAAAUUCUAGCGGCAUCUAGUGGUGAGGUUGCGAAUUGCAACCAAUGUCCCAGUCCACGGCUCACUCCUCGCUUUUGAAACACAUAGAGAAGCUACGGUAGCCACCACAGGACAAACAUGUCAUCGUCGGAGACAACUUAGUAAAAAAGUUUGUCCGUUAAGGGCUUCUGUAGAAACAUGGCGGCACAAAAUGGUGACCUCCAUGUAAGGGGGCCCUCGGUGUAUGUGCAUAAAAACGUCUCAUUCAAAGGUAAUAAAAAUAUAAUGGUUCAUUAUGAAAGGUCUUCAUAAACCACUGAUAUUAUAGUUAUGUAUAUUAUAUUGCAUUUCUGCCAAGAGAGCCUCCUAAAAGUUACACACUGCACCUUUAAAUAAUCAAAAUGAAAUUGGAAAUCAUAACUGUUGGUCUGUAGAUUUAAAGGGAAAACAUAUUAUUAUGGUUUUAAACAACCAGGACUAAUUUCACUAACUGCAAUGUGAUUUGAUAAUUGCCAGAAAAGGUAAAGGUUUUCUAAGAACAUGACUGUGGACCAAAAUAAAAGUCAUGACGAUUUAGUAUUUGUAAAACAAAAAAGAUUUCAUAGGUAUUGUUGAUCAAAAUUUUUCUCUUCUGAUAAAUAAAGUCAGACAUGCUAUUUUAUAAGCUUUAGUAUGGAGUAUAAUUUGGGAUACUUUGCCAAUUUUUUGCAAUUUGUUUAUUCUCAAACCACUAUAAGCAAGCUGAUCUUUUCUUCUGUAUACUGCUGUAUAUAGGCAUAAAACCAAGCUUUUCAGUCUGAUCUCCGCUGUCUUUGACUGUGGACUAUUACGAUAGUCGGACCACUAAGCACAUUCUCACUGAGCAUUGCUAUAAACCAUAAUCAGCUUUGCUGUAUUUUGUAUUCCAUGAUUUGUUAAUGGUAAAAUGUGGUCAGAUUUUUGCUUGUGUAUACACGGUAUCUGUGCUUUUUGUUGUGUGGCAAUGACACAUGUAAAUAGAAAAUGAGUGUUCAGAGAGUCACUAGUCAGGAUUAACUCAUUUCUUAUAUUCCUCAUCUCUCCUGUGACCCCCCCAUACCAUACAACAUAUUUAUUGUAAGAGUGUACAUAUUCAUGUAAGUUGUGCUCUUUGGUGAUGGGACAGGGCUGGUUUCGGUGGAAAAUGUCAUUGUAUGUAUUGUUAAUAUUCUGGACCAGGGCACACAGAGAGAUGCUGAGAGAAAAGAGGUAGAUGUUUUUGGAACAGUGAUUGUAGCAGAUAUAAGAAGAGUUUUUGGAUAACUGUGGCAAAUGUUGUUUAACACAAUGUUGAUCAAAAGAUUAAUUUAUACAAAUGAAAUACUAUUGAUAAUGGUUUAAAUAAAAAACAAAAAAAGUUUUAACUUAAGGUUUUACUAAUUUUGGGACACAGUCAUCUGCAGAGUAUUUAAAGCCAGAAAUGUCUACCUUUUUCUAGCACUAUCCACAAUCUAAAAAAAGAAUGUGUUAUUUUUUUACACAGUUUGUGUCAUGCCAUUUAACACAUUUAUGUGUUAUUUCGUGUUAAAAUAAAUGAAAGGGACAACACAAGUUGUGUAAAAAAUAACACAAAAUGUGUUGUUACAAUAAUAACACAGAGAUGUGUUAGUUAGGGACAACACAUUUAAUGUCUAACACAGAAUGUGUUGUUUUUAACACAUCUGUUUUUAGAGUGCAUAAAAUAUCACUAGCACUGAAUAAACAGGACAGGGGUGAAGAAAAUUAUCUUCUGAAAACAUAAGGAGCUCAGAUGCAAAAGCCUCUAAAUGCCACAUCUGUCAAAAAUGAGAUCAUGAUAUUAACCAGUGGCGGCUCGUGACUGCGCAAAUUCAAAAUCGGAGUACAAAAAGAUGUAUUCGGAGUGUCAUGUGUGUUGCUCGUGUUUUCAAAAUAUGUUUUUGUUGCGCACGCGCCAAAACCGUUUAUGAUAAAAGAGAUGCUCACAUUCAGAAAAUACACGCAAGACACUCCCUUAACAGUAAACUCUGAUUACGCAUGAGAUUAUGCGAGUAUCUGGCAAACGCGAGCAUCUCUUUUAUCAUAAACCCGUAUCUGCAGCAGGCACUAAUUUUGACAAGACACAUGAUGUACUAGGUUCACUCGACGCGCAGAACACACAUUUUGCAAUUACGAACCACACACGUGACGGGCUACAUACAUGUUGUGACGAACUUUGCAUCGUGCGCCCUCGAAAGAAGUCACCGGCCGCGACUGAUAUUAACCGAAUGCUUUCAGCAUGUAUUAUACAUUCAUCGAAAACUUUUGCUUCAAAUGGGCUUAAUCCCACCCUCAGGCAAUUCAGAAAUUCUGGUUUAUGGCAAAAUAUAUUAAGAGUCUGAUUAAAAAAUGCUCAUUUUGACAAGAAACAUGUCAGAGAGGGUUUUGCAUCUGAGCUCUUUAUAUAGUUUGUCCACUGAUUUCAGCAUCAUGACUUUAAGAGCCUGUUUCUCUUUAGGGAUAUUUAUGAUGACUAUCUAUAUAAAUAGUUCAAUAAAACAUUUGGUGAUUUUUACCCUAGACAUGUGGUGUGAACAUUUUCAAAUAAUUCAAAACCACAUUUUUUCCUAUUCAUGUAGAUGUUAUUGUGCAGAAUGAUACCCAGGUAAAAUUCAACACCACAUAAAGUUUAUUGUCCUGUUGUGUUUUUAUGGUGUUGGUUAUCGAGCUAAACAGAUUUGUCCUAACUACGUUUGCUUCCUGAAUAUUUCCUCUUUGUAUUCCCAGACAUUUGUGUAGUUUUAUCUUAAUGUGAUUAUUUGUGAUAAAUAUUAUUUUAUUAUGGUAUUGAAGUAUGGUUGGGAGUUCUAAUAGGUGUUUUUUAAAGCAAUAACAAUAAACUGCUGUUUUUGUUUUUAACCA